GGGCACGUGAAUUUGUGAUUGCAACUAGAAAAACUGGACCUGAUGACCUAUUGAACUCUGCAAUAGCUGGAUUUGGAACGGGUGCUCUUCUAGGUCGUCUGCAAGGAGGUCAACUUGGUGCAGCUAAAUACUCAGCUAUUUUGGCCAUCGCGGGCACCACAGCAGAUUUUGCUUUUCUUAAAUUAAAAUCUGUGUUGAGGGACUACAAUCAGUCUGUGUAUCAGGAUGAUGAGAACUCACAGAAGAUCGGCAGUGGCAGCUGGUUAAGGUUGCCAGAGUGGUUCCCAAUCCGAGUACUUGAUGAGGAAGCCCUUGCUGAAAAACGGGCUCAGCAAGAGAAGUUCCUUGCGCAGCAAGCUAGAAUCCGAAAUCUGAGAAAAGAAGAGUCAUGAGAACUGCAAAUUUUGGUGAAGGUGUGAAAGUCCUUGGAUUAGGAAACAAGGGAUUUCCAGCCUGCUUCUCAAGCUGCUUGGCAAUGGCUUCAACGGAGAUUUUGAAUGUGUUGCAACCUGGAAAUUGAUUUCCAGAUUUCCGUUUAUCUGCUCGUGUAGGCAUUCAAGAGGGAUUUUUUUUUAUUUUAAAAAUAUUUAAAUACAAAACCAGAAAUGUAAUUAUCAUUGAUUUUUUAAUGCAAACCACUGGA